AUGAGCGAAGUGGAUUUUGAAUUUAGAGAUUUUCAUACGCUCACAGCUGACCAGGCGGCUAGUAAAUUACAAACAGAUGUUCAAAGCGGGCUUACAGGCGAGGAAUUCCGGCGUAGGUGUAAGAUAGUUGGUGAGAAUUCUCUUGGAGAUGACCAGGGGAUUGAUUACAAGGGGUUGGUUAUUCACCAAAUUUGUAAUGCGAUGAUUUUGGUGCUUUUGAUUUCGAUGGUUAUUUCGUUUGCUGUUAGAGAUUGGAUUACAGGUGGUGUGAUUGCGUUUGUUGUUGGAAUCAAUGUUGUGAUUGGUGUGUAUCAGGAAUACAAAGCUUCGAAGACUAUGAACUCGUUGAAACUUUUGAGUUCUCCCAGCGCUCAUACUUUGAGAGAGGGCCAUUCGGAGGAUGUACCUUCGAAGGAGAUCGUACCAGGUGACGUGUGUUUGGUCAAGGUCGGUGAUACUAUACCAGCGGACCUGAGGUUGAUUGAAGCUUCGAAUUUUGAGACUGAUGAGGCUUUGCUUACGGGUGAGUCCUUGCCUAUCGCGAAGCAACCGGAAGCUGUUUAUGAGGAAGACACUCCGAUUGGAGAUCGGUUGAAUCUUGCGUUUUCUUCUUCCACGGUUGUGAAAGGUAGGGCUCGUGGUAUUGUUAUCAGUACGGGUCUUAACACUGAGAUCGGUAAGAUUGCUCAGUCGUUGAGAGGAAAUAACGGUUUGAUCUCGAGGGAUCCUGCCAAGAAUUGGUGGCAAAAUUUAUGGAUUACUUUGAAGCAGACUUGUGGUGCCUUCCUUGGUACUACAGUGGGUACUCCUUUGCACCGUAAAUUGUCGAAAUUGGCUAUCUUGCUGUUUGGAGUGGCCGUUGUGUGUGCCAUUAUCGUUAUGGCUUCGCAGAAGUUCCGCGUUGAUCGUGGUGUUGCCAUUUAUGCGAUCUGUGUGGCUCUUUCAAUGAUUCCUUCGUCUUUGGUGGUUGUUCUAACGAUCACUUUGUCUGUUGGUGCAGCUGUUAUGGUAUCCAGAAACGUUAUCGUUAGAAAACUAGAUUCUUUGGAGGCUCUUGGUGCAGUUACGGAUAUUUGUUCCGAUAAGACUGGUACUUUGACCCAGGGUAAAAUGCUUGCUAGACAGGUUUGGGUCCCUAGGUUUGGUACAGUUACGAUCAGUAACUCCAACGAGCCAUUUAACCCAACUGCUGGUGACAUAAACGCAGUUCCUGUUCUUUCCCCACACGAACAUGCCCACAACGAGACCGAAGAUGUUGGGAUCUUGCAGGAUUUCAAACAGAAAUAUUACGCCAAUGAAUUGCCCGAAUUGAUGCGCACUGAUCUAUUCACAGAAUGGUUGGAAACUGCUACGCUUGCAAAUAUCGCCACCGUGUUCCAGGACCCAAAUACUCAGGAAUGGAAGGCUCAUGGUGAUCCCACCGAGAUUGCAAUUCAAGUGUUUGCUAAGAAGAUGGAUAUGCCUCGUUCUGCUUUGACAGGCGAAAAUUCCCGUAACGAUAGUGAUUCUACCUGCGAUGAAAAGAAGCAAGAAGCCAAAUAUGUUCAAGUCGCAGAAUUUCCCUUUGAUUCAACAAUUAAGAGAAUGUCUGCUGUCUACGAAAAUACCCAGGAUAACUCACAAACCGUUUUUGCCAAGGGUGCUUUUGAAAGUGUCUUGAAGUGUUGUAAAUACUGGCACGGUGAAACCGGUAUCGUCGACUUGAAAGAUGAUGAUAUCAAUAAUAUAAAGGAAGAAGUUAACACCCUUUCUUCACAAGGUUUGAGAGUUUUAGCGUUCGCCAAGAAAGUUUACUACCAAGAUGCUCUGAAUCAGGAUAUCAAGGGUAAGCUAUCUGAAAAGAGAGAUUUUGCUGAAUCCGAACUAUGUUUCUUGGGUUUGAUCGGUAUCUACGAUCCUCCAAGAAACGAAACCGCCGGUGCGGUCAAGAGAUUCCAUAAUGCUGGUAUCAACGUUCGUAUGUUGACAGGUGAUUUCCCAGGAACUGCAAAGGCUAUCGCUCAAGAAGUCGGUAUCUUGCCAAUCAACCUCUACCACUACCCACAGGAAGUCGUCGAUGUCAUGGUCAUGACUGGUACUCAGUUCGACCAACUAUCCGAGCAAGAAAUCGACGAUUUGCCUGUUUUGCCAUUGGUUAUUGCCCGUUGUUCUCCACAAACCAAAGUCCGUAUGAUAGAGGCGCUUCACCGUCGUGACAAGUUUUGCGCAAUGACUGGUGAUGGUGUCAAUGACUCUCCAUCGUUAAAGAUGGCAAAUGUUGGUAUCGCUAUGGGGAUCAAUGGUUCAGACGUCGCAAAGGAUGCUUCUGAUAUUGUGUUAAGUGAUGAUAACUUCGCUUCCAUCCUAAGUGCUGUUGAGGAAGGAAGAAGAAUGACGGAUAACAUUCAGAAAUUCGUCUUGCAAUUGCUAGCUGAAAAUGUCGCUCAAGCACUUUACUUGCUUGUUGGUUUAGUUUUUAUCGAUCAGGACGGUAAGUCGGUCUUUCCACUAUCUGCCGUCGAGGUGCUAUGGAUCAUUGUCUUUACUUCCUGUUUCCCAGCAAUGGGUCUUGGUAUCGAGAAGGCUGCUCCAGAUCUAAUGGAUAGACCACCUAACGACGCUAAAUCUGGCGUCUUCACUUGGGAAGUUAUCAUUGAUAUGUUCGCUUACGGUAUCAUUAUUGCCGCUAGUUGUAUGGGGACUUUUACAUCCAUUCUUUACGGCAAGGAAAAUGGUGAAUUGGGUUACAACUGUAACGCUGACGAUAACCCUACUUGUCACGGUGUCUUCAGAGCGCGUUCAGCUACCUUCGCUACGAUGACAUGGUGUGCACUGAUCCUCGCUUGGGAAGUCAUUGAUUUAAGAAGGUCCUUCUUCAGAAUGCAACCAGAGACUGAUACACCAUACACUCAAUUCUUCAAGGAUAUUUGGUCGAACAAGUUCUUGUUCUGGUCUGUCAUCCUAGGUUUCAUUACUGCAUUCCCAGUCGUUUACAUUCCUGUCAUUAACACAAAAGUCUUCUUACAUCAAGCAAUCUCUUAUGAAUGGGGUAUUGCCUUUGCAUUCACCAUCGUCUUCUGGUUUGGUGCCGAACUUUACAAAAUCUUCAAGAGAUUAUAUUUCAAGAACGGUAAGAGAGCCGAGAACCCAGAGAAUGAUCUAGAGAAGAAAACCAGAUACGAUCCAUUCGAGGCUUACAGUACCACCACCACAAUGCAAACAGAAGCACAUUUGCCCGGUAAAUUUUGA